AUGGCCAUGGCCGCCUCUCCGGGCCCCGCGGGCAUUGGCGGCGCCGGGGCAGUGCAAGGCUCCGGCCCGUCCGGCUUCGGCUUCGACUCAGGACUCGAGAUCAAAACUCGCUCGGUGGAGCAGACGCUGCUGCCGCUGGUUUCUCAGGUGAAGUGGCUCCCCGCGCGGCCCCUCGUCUCCAGCCGCGGCCCGCGAUGGCGGCAGCGCUCGCUCUGCGGGGUCGGGCCGGAGGCGGCCGCUGCCCCACAUUCCGCACCCGCAUUACGGCGUGGGUGUCGGACCGCCUGUCUGGGUGGGGGACGCGCUCGGCGGAGGCGGCGGGAGCCGGGACCCUCCGAGUUCGGUAGCGAGGCCGAGUGGGCUGAAGUGCAGGGGACGCUGCGGGGCGCGGAGCCCGGUGCGGACCUGAGUGCCCCGCUAGCAGAAGUCUGGAAUCAGCUAAUUGACGCGCUUAGUUUUGGAGAAGUUUUUGUUACCAUUACCACACUUAUUAAUCAUAAAGAUAAUACCAAAAAGUCUGAUAAAACUCUGCAAGCAAUUCAGCGUGUAGGACAAGCCGUCAACUUGGCAGUUGGAAGAUUUGUUAAAGUAGGGGAAGCAAUAGCCAAUGAAAACUGGGAUUUGAAAGAAGAAAUAAAUAUUGCCUGCAUUGAAGCUAAACAAGCAGGAGAAACGAUUGCAGCACUUACAGAUGUGAGCAGCUCGAAUCACUCAGAACCUGGGGGCCAGAUCACAAUUUUCACAGACAAAACAGGAGUUAUAAAAGCUGCAAGGUUACUUCUUUCUUCCGUGACCAAAGUGUUGUUGCUGGCAGACCGAGUGGUCAUUAAGCAGAUAAUAACAUCGAGGAAUAAGGUUCUUGCAACUAUGGAAAGACUGGAGAAAGUGCAUAGCUUUCAGGAGUUUGUCCAAAUAUUCAGUCAAUUUGGAAAUGAGAUGGUGGAGUUUGCACAUCUAACUGGAGAUAGACAAAAUGAUCUGAAAGAUGAAAAGAAAAAGGCAAAAAUGGCAGCAGCUAGGGCCGUUCUUGAAAAGUGUACAAUGAUGCUUCUCACAGCUUCAAAGACGUGUCUCAGGCAUCCCAACUGUGAAUCGGCCCAUAAAAACAAAGACGGCGUAUUUGACCGAAUGAAAGUGGCAUUGAACAAGGUCAUUGAGAUCGUGACUGACUGCAAACCCAACGGAGAGACUGACCUUGCAGCUAUCGGUAUUUUCACUGGAAUUAAAGAAUUCAAAGCGAACAUUGAAGCUCUUCCGGAGAACCUUUAUUUUCAGUCCAAAGAAAACCUUUCUGCCACAUUGGAAGCCAUCUUGGAGCGGACAGAGGACUUCACCGACUCUGCCUACACCAGCCAUGAGCACAGGGAGCGCAUCCUGGGCCUGUCGGCUCACGCCAGGCUGGAACUCCAGCAGUUCACUUCCGUGUGGAUUCAGGCCGCCAGGCCCCGGACAUCUAAAGAUGAAGGAGAUGACAUCUUCGCCUGCGAGAAUUUUGCAAUGUGGACACGUGUGGGAAGGGGAGAGCAAAGCAAGAGAACAAAAAGCAUCGCUGAAGACCUGGAACUCAGCAUCCUGACAAUCAGCCACGGCCUCGACGAACUGAAGAAGGAACUUCACAGUACAGCAACUCAGCUGGCGGCAGAUCUGUUAAAAUACCAUGCUGACCACGUGGUUCUGAAAGCAUUAAAACGUACUGGAGUAGCAGGAAAUUUAGAAGGGUUGGCUGAAUAUGCCUGUAAAUUUUCCGAACAGAAAGAACAGCUUGUCGAGACUUGUCGAUUGUUGCGACACGUAUCUGGGACGGAACCUCUGGAAAUAACCUGCGUCCAUGCAGAGGAGACAUUUCAGGUGACUGGCCAACAGAUAAUUUCUGCUGCUGAAACAUUGACAUUGCAUCCAUCUAGUAAAAUAGCUAAAGAAAACCUAGAUGUGUUUUGUGAAGCAUGGGAAUCCCAAAUUAGUGACAUGUCAACGUUGCUAAGAGAAAUCAAUGACGUGUUUGAAGGAAGACGAGGAGAGAAGUAUGCCUAUCUUUCCCUUCCAAAGCCAAUGAAGAAUAACACAAACCUGAAAUCAUUAAAGCCAGACAAGUCUGACUCUGAGGAGAAAGCCAAGAUUGCGAAGCUCGGACUUAAGCUGGGUUUGCUCACCUCUGAUGCCAACUGCGAGAUCGAGAAGUGGGAGAAUCAGGAGAAUGAGAUUGUUCGACGUGGACGGAACAUGUCCAGUAUGGCCUAUUCUCUAUAUUUAUUUACUAGGGGAGAGGGGCCACUGAAAACUUCCCAAGAUUUAAUUCAUCAACUAGAGGUUUUCGCUGAAGAGGGCUUGAAGGUUGCUUCAAGUGUACAAGCUUUCUCAAAACAGCUGAAAGAUGAUGACAAGCUUAUGCUUCUCCUGGAAAUAAACAAGCUAAUUCCUCUGUGCCACCAGCUCCAGACAAUAACUAAGACAUCUUUGCAGAAUCAAGUGUGUCUAAAGGUUGAUAAAUGUAUUACAAAGACAAGAUCCAUGAUGGCUCUUUUGGUCCAGCUUCUCUCACUCUGCUUUAAACUGCUGAAGAAGCUUCAGAUGGAAAACAACAGAUGGGUCUCAGUCACAAAGAAAGACUCCGUGGAUGGUAAAACUUGAGAAGGUUUUGAGAUCAGAUCUCGGGAACACCAUAUGGCAAAGCUGACUUUUUUAAAAGCAAAUUAUCCUUUAUAUUUUUUGAAAUUCAGUAAUUUUAUAAAAAGAACAACACUGAAAUCCUGCUUUAUUUUCUGAUCAUGAAACUGACUGGCUUUUUGACAACUAAUAAAUGCUAUAGUAGUUGCUAGAAUUCUAACUGCAGUGUGAUUUUAAAAUGAGACAUUGCCACCAAUAUUGUUCUUUAAAAGUCAAGCCAAAUACACCAACUGUCUUUAUGACAGUUCAAUCCAAAGAAGCUAUUUUGAAUAUGUGCUCACCUUUAGCAUAUUUGACCUUCCCGUUUUCUGUUUUUUAUUUAAGCUUAUUGUUGAGGACAUUAAUUUUCAGCAGAAAAUAUAUAGUAGUCUUGUUGAAAGCAGUUUUCCUUAAACUUAUGGACACUGCUUCAAUCCUUCAGUCCACCAAGUGUGACCAGGCCCCUUGGCUGCCCACUGUCACAGAUCAUCCAUGCUAGUGGCACACAUUUGCUUUCUGACAAGCAUUUCACAUAGCACAGGCUAUCUGUUGUGAAGCAUACCCCUCCCCCAUCUGCCAAAGCAGGGUCAUGGAGCUCACUGCACAGAAUCCUGGAGGAACGCACUAGGAGCUGGCUUUUAGUUCUAGUUCUAGCAGAGCUGGUUUUUCUGCCCUCAAUACUAGCUGGAAUCCUAAAACUAUCUUACUGGCUUUUAAAAAGUAGCUUUUGAACUGUCUUCAGUAGUGACUGAUGGAAUGGAAAAUGUAAGACAAGGGAAUGAUAGAACUAAGA